AUGCUGUUGCGGUUAGCGUCGACGGCAAUCUCGGCGCUUCUGAUGACCCUAUCGUCGGCCGAAAUUGAAUUCGACAACGCUCUAACGGAAAAACCAUCCAUAGAGUGCGGACAUGGACGACUGACCGUGGGGGUGAACACGACGAAAGAACCGCCAUCACAUGUCUUCGCCAAGGGCCAUUUCAAUAAGCCAGAGUGCUCGUUUAGGAAUACUACGCAUGUGAUUUUCGACUUUGAGAAAUGUGAUGUCAGUCGAAAGCGAGAGGUCAAUCCUCGAGGGAUGGCUUUCACUAUGACAGUUGUUGUGCAAUUGCAUCCUUUAUUCAUCACAAAGGUGGAUCGAGCUUUUCACGUUCGCUGCUUCUAUAUGGAAGCCGAGAAAGCGGUCGGAGCCCAGAUUGGCGUUAAUGAACUCACAACAUCUGUCGUUAGUGGAGAAAGUGAAAGACCCACAUGUAAAUACACAUUACACAAGGAGUCUCCCAAUGGUCCCUUGGUAAAACUCGCUCAAGUAGGUGAUUUGAUCUACCAUGUUUGGGAUUGUCCAUCGGAAGUUUAUGGUAUGAUGAUCCACGAUUGCUCAAUUGUCGAUGGACAAGGAAACAAUCACACAGUAAUCGACUCAAUAGGAUGCUCAACUGACACAUUUUUAAUGCCCGAACUUACAUACUCUUCUGAUCUCACCAAGUCCUUUACUGCUGCCAACGCUUUCAACUUUCCGGAUCAACAAUCUGUCUACUUCAACUGUCAAGUGAGAAUAUGCUACAAACUGGACGAUGGAUGCAGUGACAUUACGCCGCCCCGCUGUGGUAUACUCCCGUCCCAGGAUGAAACCCUGGCUCAUGAUCUCGAUAACGAUCAGCUGAUCACCUCGUCGACGGAAUCGACGACAACUAGCACAUCUACAUCAUCUACUACCACCACUAGCACAUUCACAACGUCAACUAGCACUGAGGCUCCAGCAACGACAACUACAUUCCCUACAACAACUACCGUAUAUACUACCGUAACGGAGUUGACAUCUACUACCGCCGCACCAACGACAUUUGCCACGACCCUGAACGCCACGGAAUUCCCAACCCCCGCAUCGCUGCGCAGCUUUAUGAAAGAUGCCGGUUUUAGUGAUACUAUGAUAGCGUCACUGGAAGAUGGAGAUGUUACAGAAGGAUCAGGGGUUGAGAUUGCUCGAGUAACUCCUGUCUCACUCAUCCGGGCAGGUCACAUUCCUACACAUCCGGGCGAGACCGUGGAAAAUGAUGUGGUACAACUGAAACGAGAGAUGCGUCGCCGGGAUGCUGAAGCUAUUGAUGUGGACAUUACAUCGCCAGAGUUGACAAUCAUCGAUAAAGAUAUAGCCGCAGAACUGCCAGAAGCACUACGCUCAACAACGUCUCCAACACCUCCAUCGCCGGCCAUCUGCGUACCUGUGGUCGGAUUCUGGCUACUCGCAGCUUUGAUCGUCCUCUGCUGCUCUAUCAUCGCUGUUUCCUUGUGCUAUGCCCAAAAGCAACGCGAUAAAUUUCACAUCAUGCCAUAA